UUCAAAGAGACCAGUUAGACUACGUUCACAACAUAAACCCUACUCUGGUUUCAAUCCAUUUUACAAAUUCCAAAAUUCAAAUCUUGAGUGCAAGAGCGGGAAGUGUGGAGGAAACCGAGGGACACCCUUCUUCCCCGGCAGUCCGGCAACAUCGUCAAAUGGCAGACGGGAAAAGGAAGCAGGCGCUCAGCCUCAAUCAGCUCCACAAUCGAUAUCUCCUUGACCUCUCCGCUUCGCAGGCCAAGUCUAAAUACACGCCAGUGGUGGAUGCUAACACUCACUCGGAGGGGGAGAUUGGCGGAGAUGACGGUUUUCCCCGAUUCGAUUUUGGUACUCCUUCUCCCGAGCAAGAAAAAGGGGAUGUUGAAGAGCAUAUGCCUAAGGUUAAGGAUUUUUCACCCCGGCUGUUUGCUGGCAUUGCUGAUUUGGACUCUCCGAGCUCCACUAGUGCCCUGGAGCCUCAUGGAAAUGCUACUGAAGAAGGCGGAAUCUCUACUGAGAGACAUCCAACAACUAAUGAAUCAUGUGGAUUUACAUCAAAUUCUCCAGGUGAUGUGAAACCUGAUGAUAUUGAGCUUGAGAGUUGCAGAAUAUUUGAAAAAGAAGAGAAUGCUCCCGGGAAAGAUUCUUUGGAAUAUAAUUCCACUUACCCAGAAGAAGUUAGGCAGACAAAGGUAAGAAUUGAAGGCAGACGCCGCCUUUGCAGAGUAUCGAAGGAUGAUGACAAUGAUGUUGGUGCUGGGAAAACUUCCACGAGAGAUGAAGAUCCACUGAUUGAUGAAUUAUUUGAUUUUGAUUCACCUCUUCAGAUGAAAAAACCAAACAAUAAAGGUGGAAAUGAAAUCAGGGAUAUCCUGGACGAUUUAAGCUCGAAGCUUGAUUUGCUUUCUAUUGAGAAGAAAAGGGUCCCCAAGAAGGUAGAUUUGAAAGAGGAUUUCCAUGAGCCAGUGACAAGUAAAAUAUAUAAUGCUCCCAUAAAAGAGGGGUUGCUUGAGACUGCCACUUCUUCAAACUUGUUUUCAUCUGAUUCCCCUGAGGAGACACAGGAGUUAAAAUAUAAAGACACCAAUGCACCCCAAAAGAAAAAAAAUUACAUUUCUGAUGUUAAGGAUGAUGAUAGGGCCAGCAGAAAUAUGCAUAAGUAUGGGAAAAUUGACACUAAUGAACAUAGAAAGACUCAUAUAAAGUCAGGAUCUGGUAAAGAAGCUCAUCUUCCCAACUUUAAAAGAGAAGAGAAGGAACGAUAUACUGACAACUAUGCUGCUUUGAGUAAGUUGGGUAAAGAAGCUCGUGUUCCUAACUUCCAAAGGAAACCUAUUGAGUUAUCAGAUGAUGAAUCUAAUGACAUUACUACAUUGGGUGAUCAUUUGGAUGACUUCACUUUGACUGGUUCAAGGAACACAUAUAAGUUACCUGGUAAAAUAGCUAAAAUUUUGUAUCCACAUCAACGUGAAGGACUAAAGUGGCUUUGGUCUCUACAUUGUAUGGGCAAGGGUGGUAUUUUGGGGGAUGAUAUGGGCCUGGGAAAAACAAUGCAGAUUUGCAGCUUUAUAGCUGGAUUAUUUCACUCAAAUUUGGUUAGGAGGGUCUUGGUUGUUGCACCAAAAACACUAUUAACCCAUUGGAUAAAGGAGCUAUCAACAGUUGGGCUCUCUCAGAAGACAAGAGAGUAUUUUGCAACUUGCACAAAAACUCGCCAUUAUGAACUUCAAUAUGUGCUUCAGGACAAAGGUGUGCUUUUAACAACAUAUGAUAUUGUGCGGAACAAUACAAAAUCCUUAUGUGGAGAUUACAAUUACAAUGAGGACGAGGACGAAGAAGAAACAUGGGAUUAUAUGAUUCUUGAUGAAGGCCAUCUUAUAAAGAAUCCAAGUACGCAAAGGGCAAAAAGUUUACUUCAGAUUCCUUGUCGACACCGUAUCAUUAUCAGUGGCACACCACUUCAAAACAAUCUAAAGGAAUUGUGGGCCUUAUUUAAUUUCUGCUGUCCUGAGCUUCUGGGAGACAAGAAAGAGUUUAAGGACAAAUAUGAGCACUUCAUCAGUCGAGGAAAUGAAAAAAAUGCUUCUGAUCGAGAAAAACGUAUUGGUUCAUCUGUUGCAAAGAAACUCAGAGACUGUAUUCAACCAUACUUUUUGAGACGUAUGAAAAGUGAAGUAUUUGGUGAUGACAAUACGCUUUCCAAAAAGAAUGAAAUCAUUGUAUGGCUACGACUAACUCAAUGUCAGCGUCAACUUUAUGAAGCCUUCUUGAAGAGUGAGAUUGUUAUAUCAGCUUUUGAUGGUUCCCCUCUUGCUGCUAUCACGAUCUUGAAAAAAAUAUGCGAUCAUCCACUUCUACUAACAAAACGAGCCGCUGAAGAUUUGCUGGAAGGAAUGGAUUCAGUUGCUGACAAGGAAGAUCAUCGUGUUGCUGAGAAAUUGGCCAUGCACAUAGCGGAUGUUGCUUUGAAACAUGACAUUGUUGAGAACCAUGAUGUCUCUUGCAAAUUAUCAUUUCUAUUGGGUUUAUUGGCUGAUCUUAUACCGAAGGGACAUAAUGUGCUUAUUUUUUCACAAACUCGAAAGAUGCUUAAUUUAAUUCAGGAAUCUCUGGAGUCCAAUGACUACAAAUACAUGCGGAUUGAUGGGACUACGAAAGCAAGUGAUAGAGCUAAAAUUGUCCAGGAAUUUCAAGACGGACGUGGAGCCCCAAUUUUCCUUUUAACAUCCCAAGUUGGUGGGUUAGGCCUUACACUCACUAAUGCAGACCGUGUAAUUGUGGUUGAUCCUGCAUGGAAUCCAAGCACUGACAGUCAGAGUGUAGAUCGAGCAUAUCGCAUAGGACAGAAGAAGGAUGUCGUUGUAUACAGAUUAAUGACAUGUAGCACGGUGGAAGAGAAAAUCUAUAGAAAGCAGGUGUUCAAAGGAGGAUUAUUCAGAAGUGCAACUGAACAUAAAGAACAGAUUCGGUACUUUAGCCAACAGGAUCUGAAAGAUCUUUUCAGUUUGCCAAAACAAGGGUUUGAUGUUUCUCUGACUCAACAGCAGCUGCUGGAAGAGCAUGAUCAGGAACAUACAAUGGACGAGUCUCUCAGAGAUCAUGUAAAAUUCCUUGAAACUCUCAACAUAGCUGGAGUUAGCCAGCAUAGCUUACUGUUCUCUAAGGCGGCACCUGCACAAGCAGUGGAGAUAGAGGAGGAAGUGAGAAGGCCAAGAGCGAAUGUGUUUAUGGGGAAUGCACCUUGGCGACCAUCUCGUGAACAAGAUGUUGAGGGAGCACAAUAUGCAUUUAACCCCAAGGAUGUUGUGAACAAAGUACAGAGAAACCCAAAUCCUGUUGUCCGGAAACCAUCAGAAGCUGAAAUUAGAGAGCGGAUUACUCGUUUGUCUCAUAUCUUUGCUAAUAAGGCUGCUGUCUCCAAACUGCCUGACAAGGGAGAGAAACUAUACAACCAGAUAAGUGCAUUGAACCGGCAACUCGAACAGAUGAGAAUGACACAGGGCGGAAAUAAGGACAAUGCGAUUGAGCUGUAGAUUAGAUAGAAAUAGAUCAUGCCAAUGCUUCUAUAACCCCGGCAUUCUUCCCAUAAACUUAUUUUGAUUUGAGCACUGCAUUUGCCCACACGAUGUGGCAUUUUGAUAUCAAAGUCGUGCUCGAGGUCUCAGGUUUUACAGCAGCAGUAUCUCACUGUCCUUGUGUUCCAUUUUCUUCUUGCUUCUUUUCGACUGUUUCAUAUAUAUUUGAAUGACGAUAAAAUCGUUCGUUUUAGUUUAUA